CAGUUCAAGGAGUUCAUCACAACCCACCACAACUACUGCAGCAAUCGUCCCAAAUUACUGAUCAAGGAUCCACAUUGAAAGCACGUGAUGAUGAUGACAACGACGGCAACAAUGAUGAUGAUUCUCCAGACAUGAGUAUUACAGAGGAAAAUAAAAUUGGUCACUCAAUAUCCCACAAGCAUGACCUUGAGCUGAAAAAGUAUAAUAAACCUUUCAUCUGCAGUGGAUGCAAGGAGAUGGGUUAUGGGCAUAGAUUCAGAUGUGAGUCCUGUGACUAUGAACUUCAUAAGGAGUGUAAGGAAUGCUUGAUCUCCAAACACGAAAUUUCCCAUGAAAUUUUCAAAGAAUGCACCUUCAAAUUCUUUGAUAAACUGUCAGACAAAGUCUGCGACGCUUGUGGGAAGGACAUAUGCGGCUUUGCUUACCACAGCGAAGCCGAGGGCAAGUCACUGGACUUGCACCCUUGUUGCAGCAACCUCAAAAGUAAAAUAUGCAUGGAUGGCUAUGAUUUUGAGCUUCAUGAAGAGGUGUUAUCGAAAUGCAAGUGGUGCAACAAGAAAGAUCUUCAGGGCAGCAAGAAGGGCGUUAAUAUUUCGGGCUGGUCUUACAUUUCUGCUCGCAAAAGGUGUCACUUCCAUGUCUACUGUGUGACUGAAAUGGUGCGUGAAGCGUGGAGGCAGGGGUUGAUUGAUAACAUUGAUUCCAUGGCAUUAAAGAAGAUGAAUCCACAAGUUGUAGUUAAUUCCAAUAGGGUUGAUGGUAGAAGAGAAAGUGAGAUUGGUAGGAAGCCAAUGAAGUUCCUCAAAGCCAUAAUCGGUUUUCUUUUGGGGGAUCCAACAAUGAUUCUUGGAUCUGUCCUGGUAGAUCUGCUAACAUAAUAAAUAUAUCAUCAUAGAGCACAGAUGAACAAUUUUAUUAUUAUUAUUAUUAAUUUAUUUUUAUUUUUUUUUAUUAUUUUUUUUUGU